AUGGAGAAGGAAGGAGGGCUGCCCGAAGCGAGGGUUGUUAAUCAGCUACUACCUUCGAAUGAGGAGAUGGAGGAAACUUCGAGAAGGAGCGCUCUGGCAAUCUCGAAUCCUAAGGAAACUGUUCACACAGAAUCCUAUGAGGGACCCACCAGAGUUGCUUUGGAGGAAGUGGUGACGGAGAAGCAGCUUAAAAUGGCUGAGGAGAAGAAGAAGAAGAAGAUCAAGGAGAAGAGGGCAGAAGGUGAUGAAGAAGCCCAGCCAAGAAAGGAGAAGAAAGAAAGAAAAUCGAGUGAGAAGAGGGUACGUAGGCGGGAGGAGAAGUGCCUGAAGAAGAUGGAAGAAAAGAGAAAGAGGGCUAAGAGCCCAGAAUUCGACGGAGAAUCAACCACCGUAAAGGUGGAUGAGGGGGUGUCAGCACAACAAAAAUAA